CUAACGCUCACUUGUUGCUUCAGCGGAUGAAGGUAAAACUUCCAGGCGGAACACAUUAACAAACCACUAGACACAACAGAAAAACUUUUCGCCGGACAGCAGAACUGACGCUCCAAUACCAACCGACACGGGCUGGACUUUCGGUAGAAAUGUCUCUGGCAGAGCAAAGCCAGCAGUGGAUUCCCACCAGCGUGCAGGUAACGGUGCUGCAGGCGCGCGGUUUGCGGUGUAAGGGCAAAAAUGGCACGAACGACGCGUACGCCAUCAUGCAGGUGGCCAAGGAGAAGUUCUCCACCUCGGUGGCCGAAAAAAGCGUGGCUCCUGUCUGGAAAGAGGAGGCCUCGUUCGACCUGCCGCUCUUCAGCUCCGGUAACACCGAGCGCUGCACCUUACAGGUGUGUGUGAUGCACCGGGCGCUGGUGGGACCCGAUAAAACACUCGGACAGGCGAGCAUAAACCUGCUGGAGCUCCAGGACAACACAUCCCGAGAGAAAACCGAAUGGUUCAAAUUGUUGGGGAAGACAGGGAAGGCCGACAAAGACCGAGGAGAAGUCCUUCUAGACAUCCAGUUCAUGAAGAACAACAUGACGGCCAGCAUGUACGAUCUCUCCAGCCAGGAUAAAUCCCGCUCGCGCCUCGGCAAACUCAAGGAUAAACUGAAGGGGAAGAAGAAAGACGGGAUGUCAGACUCCGCUUCCGCCAUCGUGCCCUCAGUCGGACAGGUACUGACUGACAGCGAGGCCGAAGAGGAGCAGAAUAACACAUCUGGAGCCAAAAAGAAGAACAAACUCAAGUCUUUAUUUGUACCUAAGUCUAGUUUGCAACGUAACAUGUCGCAGUCCAUGUCCACCCUCGCCACGCUGCCUGAAAAAGACUCGGCCAUCAGUCUGAGCAGAUCAUCUGGCCUCAACGUAGAGUCUCCUGAAGGCAAAAAGAAAUUCAAGUUCCUCAAGCACAAGCGCACUGGAAGCUCUGACAGUAAGGUUUCCCAGACCUCUCUUGGAUUAACGCAGCCUAACUUGUGCAUUAACGGCAGUCAUGUCUACACUGAAGAGCCCGAGACCAGAGGAUCCAGAGCCGGAUCAACCUUCAGUCUGAACAGCUCAGGACACGGGUCAAUGGAGGACCUGCGCAGAGGUCACGACAGAAAAACCUCCAACACAUCUGUAGACUCGCUUAAAACCUCUGAGCUUCACACCCAAGAGAAAUCAGUGGAGGAGAUGCACAGGAAACAAGAAGAACAAUGGAAACAGGAAGAGGAAGUUAGGAAGAGACUGGAGGAAGAAGAGAGGAUGGAACGGUUGGAGAGGGAGGAAGAGAUGAGGAAGUUGGAGAAACGGGAAGAGGAGAGGAAGAGGAUUGCGAGAGAGGAGGAAAAGAAACGAGAAGAAGAGAAGAGGAAGAAGUUAGAGGAAGAGGAAGUGGAGAGGAAAAUGGUUGCGAGAGAGGAGGAAAGAAAGAGGAUGGAGAGGGAAGAAGAAAAGAAAAGAGAGGAAGAGAAGAGGAAGAAGCUAGAGGAACAGGAAGUGGAGAGGAAAAGAGUUGCGAGAGAGGAGGAAAGAAAGAGGGAGGAGGAAAAGAAACGAGAGGAAGAGAGGAGGAAGAAGCUGGAGGAAGAGGAAGUGGAAAGGAAAAGGGUUGCGAGAGAGGAGGAAAGAAAGAGGAUGGAGAGGGAAGAGGAAAAGAAACGAGAGGAAGAGAAGAGGAAGAAGCUAGAGGAACAGGAAGUGGAGAGGAAAAGGGUUGCGAGAGAGGAGGAAAGAAAGAGGGAAGAGGAGAGGAAACGAGAGGAAGAGAGAAAAAGGAUUGCAAUUGAGGAGGAAGGAAGAAGAAUGGAGCGGGAAGAGGAAGAGAAGAGGAAGCUGGAGAAACGGGAAGAGGAAAAGAGAAGAGUUGAGGAAGAACGGAUAAGGAUUGAGCAGGAAGAAAAGAUCCGAGUGAGGAAGGAAGAGGAAAUGAGAAAGGCAGAGGAGGAGAAAAGGAGGAAAAUGGAGGAAAAGGCCAGGAAGGAGGAAGAGAAACAGAGGAAAAUGGAGGAAGAGGAGAAUGAAAGGCUGAGGAAAGAAGACGAGAUGAGAAAGAUUCAGAUGGAAAGAAAGCGCGUAGAAGAAGAGGAAAUGCUGAGGAAGGAGGAAGCAAUGAGGAAGGAAGAAGAAAGAAGGAUGACCAAAGAGAAGGAGAGGAAUGAAAAAGAAAGGAUGGAGCUUGAGAAAAAGAAAAUGGAAGAGAAGAUGAGAGAGGAGCAGGCGAGGAAAAGCGCUGAGGAUGAGGAGAGAAGGAAAGAGAAAGCAGAGCGAGAGAGAGUCAGACAAGAGAAAGAAGAAAUGGAGAGACAGAGGAAAGAGAAAGAACAACGACCUGAGGUGAAAACCACGAGUGCUCGAAUGAACACCAGUCAAAAAGCACCCGUCGAGAUGAGCUCGGCCAAUCCCUUUGAAGAAUCUCUCUCAUUGGACGAAAGCUCCUGCAAUUCCUUCGAGCAGUCCAACGUGGGCCGCUCAACUAAAGUCUCUGCAGUCAAGCCAAGUUCUUCUGUUUCUGGACUCUUCUUUUCACAAGCGUCUGUGCCAAACACCAACCCGUUCUUAGAUGACUCUGAAGAUGAUUAUGAUGAUAGUGGAAAUUUCAGUUAUGGAGAUGCUACAGAAAGGUCAGAAAAGAAACGACGUGCCCCAAUGCCUCCCCAGUAUAAGAAGCAAAUGAAAAAACCAGCCAUUUCUGAAGCCACACAAAGAUUUCCAUCUAAAGAAUCUGAAGCUGGUGGAGACUCUGAAUGCUUUAGUUUACGACUGGACAAACGUCCUGCACCGUUACCGCCAGAUGUCACAAAGAAUAAACAAGAAGUGCGAAAUGAACAUGUAGACCAAUCGACCACACUUCAUAGUAGACUCCAGGAAAAAGAAUCAGCAAGCAAAGUGCACUCAACAUUGCAAGACAUUGAUGCAAAUACCAGUUCAUUACAUCUCAGCCAGAAUUAUCCUGUUAACAGACAAGAAACCAGAUCUACUGAAGUCAAAACAGCUAAACACAACAAGGGUCCAGCUCCAAAGCCUUCAUCACAGUCAACAUCGUGUAAGAAUUCAGCAUCUGAGCCCAACAAGCAAUCGAUACAGAAAGUCUAUUGUAAAGACCAAGUUGGAUCCUCAAACUCUCUCACUGAUCAGCUUGACAAAUCUUCAAUCAAUUUGACUAAAGAUCUUCCUGUAUCUGAAGAGCCUUCAACCAAAGCUGAGUCUGUGCACUCUGAAAACCUUUCCAUAACAGAAAGUAGACAAACGAGUUCACCGGAAGAGUCUAAGCUUGAGCAUAUUAGAGAAAGCAGUCCUUCAAAAAAGUCUCAUCUCCAAAAUAUUGAAAGUUCCCAAUCUGAUGUCUCCAAAAAGAAGAGUCGGGCUCCGAUGCCUCCUGCUAAAUCUGAAGCAAAUGUCAACCAGAAGACUCCAAUCCAACAACGAGAUGCUAUUAGUCAACCCAACAGAUCAAGACGAGGUCAAGAUGAACUAUUAACUUUAAAUAGUAGCAUGCAAGCUCCAUCUUGUUCCACAUCACAUACAAUUCAAACUCUCAAGACAAACGAAGUUCAGAUGAAGACCGAAGCAGUUUCUUUGAGGUUGGACGCUGCUCCUGAGUCAGCACACAGGACUCUGCCACAGGCCAGAGUGUCACCGAUUGAUGUUCAAGCCAUCGUUUUGCAGAAUAACGGAGGUGAAAACAGGAGAACAGGUGAUCCUGUCCUCAAACCCUGCAGGCCUCAUGCUGUAAAACCCUUGAACACCACUGACAAGCAGACAGAGACCCAAGACACUUCCAGAUCUGGUCAAAUUACUGACGACACGCAAGUCAAGAUGAAGGUCCCAGAGGUUAAAGGGACGGGCCCGUACUCUCAGCUAACCAAUGACGAGCUCAUCAAGCUCCUGGAGAAGCAGAAAGAGCAGCUCUCUCUGAAGGACUGUAAGAUUGUGGAGCUGGAGCAGUAUAUCGACAAUCUGCUGGUGCGCGUCAUGGAGGAGAAUCCAAACAUCUUAAUGUCCUUAUGCUUGAAGAAGUCGGCCUGAAGGACUGCGGUUUAGUAUAUAAUGUGCAAUGUGGGAUGGAGGACAUGUAUGAGGUUGUGGGUAAAUCACCAAGAGGUCUUUCACUAAAGCGACAGACACUACUGAGCUCAAGGUAUAACUCUGAUUUAUGACGUCUAAAUGGUGACGAUGUGGUUUGGCUGCCUCAGAUUCGUCUAAUCGUGACAGAUGCAGUUUUUCUACAUGUUAAAAUAAAUGGUAAGACUUUAAGAUAAUGGUUCAUUAGGUAAUGUUUUUACUAACAUGAACAAACAAUAAGUUAGAUGUUUAUUAUGGUAUUUAUUCAUCUGAACACUGAUCUAAAAUGAGUUCAUGUUAGUUAUAAUGUCAAAAAGCGUGACUUUGGAUGUUAAUAAUGCAUUAGUAAAUGUUGAACUAUGAUUAAUAAAUGCUUUACUAGAUUAUUCAUACUUGAUUUUAGUAAAUGCAUUAACUAAUGGACUUUUGUUUAAAGUGUUACCAAAUAAAUCAUAUUAUUUCCUGUGAUUGUCACUGUUUUUAAUCUAUUUGAAUUGCUAAUGUUCAAAUGGAUUGUUUUAUUUCUUAAAGGGAAAGUUCAUUCCAAAAUUAUUGCAUUAUUAAAUCAAUUAUGAUUCAUUAAUUAUUAAAAAAUUAGUUUUAUACAAAAUCAAGUCAUCAAGUCAUCCUUCUCUUGAUUUUCUUCUGUUGAAUGCAAAGGAUGAUACUUUGAAGAAUGUUUGAAAAAUUAAAACAGCCAUUGACUAUUAUAGUAUUUGUGUUCAUACUAUCGAUGCUGUUUUUUCAACAUUCUUCAAAAUAUCUUCUUUUUUGUGUUCAAAUAAAUUCAAUGUUUAGACUAACGAGUGCAAAUAAAUAAGUACAUUUUAUAUUUUUAGGUGAACUGUACCUUUAAAUACUGUGGUCAGAGCAUUUGGAGGACGCAACACACACUUAUCAAGUAAAUGAAAUAGCACUAUAUAUAUAUAUAUAUAUAUAUGUCUUCUUCACAAUAUUUUAUAUGAACUGCAAAGCUCUGUAAUGUUUUGUAGAUGCAUAUCGAAGCACUUUAAAACAAUCAGUCCCUUUGUAAAUAUUUAGAUGUGAUCAUUUGUAUGUUAUAUGACCUUUGAUGGCUGAAUUAUUAUUAUUCUCUGCUUUUGAAAUAAAGACGGUCACAGGUGUGGCCUUGCAAAGAA